AUGUAUAAUUUUGCCCCAUUCUUCCCUAAUGCAGCCAUCCAUAUUGUUGCCCACUUGAUCAACAUCGAGCGGUAUCAUAACAGCCAGUCAAAAGAAGCAGGGGAGUUACAGAAAAAACUUUCUGGCCUUGGCAAGAGCCCAAAUGAAAGCUACUUGAACCCAAUCAGAACCUAUGAAAUGAACACAACAGGAGAGGUGCUGACCACCAUAGCUGGAGUAACUGGAGUCGUGAUAACUGUGGCUCUUGUUUUGAUCAUGACUUCAUCCACAGAGCUCAUCAGAAGGUCCUGCUAUGAGGUGUUCUGGUAUACCCACCACCUCUUUGUGGUUUUCUUUAUUGGUUUAAUAAUCCAUGGUAUGGGUCAGCUAAUCCGAGGUCAGACAUCCCAGAGUCUGCUGCUUCAUAAUGUCACUUACUGCAAAGAUCACUACUUGGAAUGGGAGAAAGUCACUCAGUGCCCUUUGCCGCAGUUUUCUGGCAAGAAACCUGUGGCUUGGAAGUGGGUUUUAAGUCCUGUGGUGUUGUAUAUCUGCGAAAGAAUUGUUAGAUUCUGGAGAUUUCAACAGGAGGUGGUCAUUACUAAGGUGGUGACCCAUUCUUCUGGAGUCCUUGAGCUUCACAUGAAGAAGCAUGGCUUUAAAAUGGAAGCUGGUCAGUACAUCUUUCUGCAGUGCUCAUCGGUGUCGUCGCUGGAGUGGCACCCCUUCACCCUCACCUCAGCUCCUGAGGAAGACUUCUUCAGUGUUCACAUCAGGGUGGUUGGGGACUGGACUGCAGCCCUCUUCAAGGCCUUUGGAGCAGAGGAAAAAGCUUUCAAGGAGUUGUGGAUGUUACCAAGACUGGCUGUGGAUGGACCGUAUGGAUCUGCAACCACAGAUGUUUUUCACUACGGAGUGAGUGUGUGCAUUGCAGCAGGGAUAGGAGUCACACCAUUUGCCUCUAUUUUAAAAUCCAUUUGGUACAAGUGCUGCAAUCCUAACACGGUACUGGCGUUGCAGAAGGUUUAUUUUUACUGGAUCUGUCGAGACCCAUCAACAUUUGAGUGGUUUGCUGAUCUUCUGUUCCUUUUGGAAACAAAAAUGGCUGAAAAGGGGAAAAAUGAUUUUCUAAGUUAUCAUAUAUUUCUUACUGGCUGGGAUGAAAGUCAGGCUACUCACAUAGCCCUACAUUAUGAUGACAAGAUGGAUGUAAUUACUGGUUUGAGACAGAAGACCUUCUAUGGAAGGCCAAACUGGGACAAUGAGUUCAAGCAGCUAGCCGAAAAACAUCCUAGCAACAGUAUUGGAGUAUUCUUCUGUGGACCCAAGACUCUCUCUAAGAUCCUUCAAAAGAUGUGCAGCUCCUAUUCAUCAGUUGAUCCAAGAGGAGCUCAGUUUAACUACAAUGAAGAAAGUUUCUAGGCUGUACUUCUCAAUUCUGUAAUAGGUAUUACCAAGUUGUGCAUUUUUCCUCACCUUCUCCUGUCCUCUUCCCAUUCUGCAGCAUUCAGUCCAGAUGUUGAGAACUGUAAAUUGAAGCAGCUGCACUGACUUCAGCGGAAAAAAUGCCAUCCUAUGCCAACUAAAGUUUUGGACCCUAUCCUUAGCCUUUCCUUCAAAGAACUGAAGGGCUGAUUCUUCAUUGCUUAGUCAAUGAUGCUGUGAAUCCAACCACACCUCUGUGAAAACAAAUACAAAUCACUAAACUUUAAAGAAAAAGGUGCAAGAAAAAUGGCCAUUUAGAUCUGUGCGUUGCUAUUGUGUAUGAUCAAACUACUACUGCAGGCAAUACUAUCAUUCCUGCUGUUUAAAUCAUGUCCAGUUAUUCAAAGCAUUUUCCCUUCUGAUGUUCUGAUCUUGUACUUCUAGUCUCCUACUGAUCUACAUUGUCUUUUGUGCCAUAGCAAUACUGCUUAAAUAUACACUUCCUAACAAAUUCCUUUUGACCUACCAAAGCAGACACCAUUUAAACCUGCCUUUUCUGCAGUGAUACUGGUGGUACAUGCAAUAAUCUAAUAUUUUCUGAAGGUUAAGUAGACUCCAGAAAUUUUUGCUCUCAGCAAAUGGAUCUCCUGAGACAGGCAACUGAAACUGAGGGAAAAAGUAACGUGUCCUUUAAAUGCCACACUGCUUCACGGGCAUUGAAGAAUAGGCUUUAAAAUAUAUAGAUUCACAGAUUCAGAGAUAUCACAGGGUGGCUGAGGUGGGAAGGGACCUCUGGAGGUUCUGGGCCAUGUGUCCCUUCUCCCACCUCUUCUGCACUUUUUUUUUUUACUUUUUUUUUUUUUCUUUAUGAGAGACUUGUUCAUCCAUGCAGGCCUCCUACCACCUUUGUUUGACAUCCUCCACAGCCAGAUGGAUCAUUUUUGAGCUUGGAGGAGGUGAUUCUCGAAAAUCAUCCAAUUAUAUGGAUCUCUCUUUUCUUCAGGACCUUACAUGGGAUCGUUCCAAGCAGGUUCCUGCCAGAGUCUACUCUCCUGAAACUUAGGGUUGUGAUUUUGUUAUUUGCCUUGUAUCUCUCUCUCUGGAUCCUGAACUCCACUAUCUCAUGGUCACUGCAGCCAAGGCUGCCCAGAACCUUUACAUACUUGACCUGGUUUCUAAGUGUGAGCUCCAGCAGAGUGCCUGCCUUAAUUAGAUCCUCAAACACCUCCAUAAGGAAGCCAUCAUCACUGUGCUCCAGAAAUCACCUGAAUCGCUUGGUCCCUGUCAUGUUGUCCCUCCAGCAGAUAUCGGCGUGGUUCAAGUUCUUUAUGAGGACCAACACGUGAACAUGAGACUUCCAGUUGCCUGAAGGAGGUCUCAUCUUCUUCUUUAUUAGGUAGUUUGUAGCAGACACCCACCACAACAUAACCCACAUUGGUCUGCCCACUAAUCUUGACCAGCUCUCAGCUGGCUUCUCGUCCAUCCCUAGGCCGAGCUCCAUGCAUUCCUGCUGCUCUCUCACGUACAGGACAGCUGCCCUCCUCAGCAUCCCAGCCUGUCCUUCCCAAAGAGCCUGUAGCCAUCCACUGCUGCUCUACAAACACGUGAACUAUCCCACCGUGUUCCUAUGUUCCCAGUGAGAUCAUAGCCCUUCAAUGGUAUGCAAACCUCUAAUUCUUCCUUUGUCCCCCCUAUGCCAUGUGUGUCAGUGUACAGCACUUUAGAGAGGCAUCCUCUCAUGUGGGUUUUCCAGAGAAGGUAUGAGAACUUCCUUCACCAUGCUGUCUUGCAGGCACUUGCUUGUCUGCCUCUGUAUACUUAUGGUGGGCCCGUAUUUCUGAUUACUCAGCCUCUCCUGUUCACAUCAUCCUGCACACUUGGCCGACUGUGUUUCCUCACUCGGCCAUCGGUCAACCACUCCCUCCCAUCACUCCUAGUUUAAAAUUAUCCUCACAGGCUGGCCAGCAUAUGGGCCUUUGCCCACUGCAGGCAGAUCCCAUGUUUUCCUAGGAGUCCUCGAUCCUCGAAGGGGGUCCCACGGUUGUGUAAGCCACCUCCCUGUUGUCAACACCAGCUGCACAACCAGUUGUUGACUUGCAGGAUCCAUCCCCGAGUUCUGCAUCACAUCAAAAAGCCUUUUGGUUGGUUGGUUGUUCAACAAAGUGUGCAGAUGUGGGAGGAACUGUAUUUGCAUGCCAUUUCAUCACAUGCCAAGCUGACAGGCUUGAGAAUGGUGUAUCUAAAAUGCACCCAUACAUAUAUCACUGCCUAGUGUUUUUAACAAAGUCUAAUUCUUAUUUGCAUUUCUUGGAUUUCAGUUUGUCUUGUAAGUGAUCCAGCCUUUCCUCACAGGUCACAGACUGUCACCCAGAACAGUUUUUUGUUCUCUGAUAUGCUGAUGUAGCUCUGAGAGGUAGUUAUGAAACAAUAAGUCAUCUUUUCACCUCUGCAGACCUUCUGAGGUGGCUGCUAGGAGUCCAGAUGUACAGUUCAGACCAGCUACUGAGCUAUCUGACAACCUUGUGACAAACAAACCAGCCAGGUGUCAGCAGUCCCUGGAGUCACAUCUUCUAACGUGGUGAGACUAGUGUAAAGCUGUGCAUGCCACAGUACAACCAAUGGUGAUGUCUCCAAGAGAUGACUGUCUCCAUCUGGUUAGGUGAGCCAGCCUUGCAGCACAUUGUGUGUCAAAGUGAUGAAACUAUGGCCUUCAUGAGACCCCAGUCUUUACUCCCACCUUCUAAUGUCUCUCACUGGCACAAGAACUGCCAUUGCUAUAGUUCCUGUCCUCCAAAAGAGGUGCUUCCCUCGCAGCUUUGCAUUGCUCAUCCUCCAAGUCUGCCUGAGUGUAUCAUUGCUGCCUUUCAAGACCUGAUGUUGUCUUGGACCUUCAAGUACUAUUUGUACUUAUCUUUGUGACUUCAGCACUGUUAAGCAUGUGGAACAUCAGACAGCUUUAGAAGGAUAGGGGGAAACAAAAUAAAAUAUGUAGGACUCAUGCAAGCUAGAAAACCACGGAAAAUAUUUCCUUACUUUGCUCCCCCAGCACAGAAAGUUAAAGAAAAACUACAACCAAAUUGGCCUGAGGUGUAGUGAAGUUCACUAGGAUCACAUAAUACAUUUACCCAGCCACACAAUAAAGGUGGGAGGUAGAAAACAUCCUGUGUAUAUCUUGAAUAAGACAAAUGACAACAUUAUAUAUGUACACUUAUACAUACACGCGCGGGAAAUGCCCACUAGAGGGGACAUAGCUUUAUAGACAAAAGAAACAAUAAUAAAAAUUAUGUCACA